AUGGAGAUCCGCAACAAGGUGCUCCGAAUGCUCCACCGCUGCGUGGUCCAAAUGCUCAGCCACCAGCUGCUCCUCCACCAGAGUCUCCAGAUGGGCCACGUGUUCAGCAAGAUGGUCGAGGUGGAGAUCCGCUUCCUGGUGCUGCGGGCGUCCAGCGAGGUGGAGAUCAUGGGAGAGAUGCCAGUUCUACCCCCAGACAGCCUGGUCACUCCCGAGGCUGAGGUUGCGGCGGCUGGGUGUGGCGCUGCUCGCCCCGCUCAGGUCGUUUCUCUGGGCGCCGUGUCCAAGACCGAACGUCCAGGCGAGGAGUCAAAGCUCGACAAGAAGAGCCCCAUGCACCCCGAGAACGCCACUAGAGGCCACACAGCGGACACACGGGGGCGCCCUGUGUCGGCGACUACGCCGUUCCUGCCGACAGAGAACCACAACGUAGCGCCUGUAAUGCCAGUUGCAGUCGCAUCGCCUGCGCUGCCAGCUUCUGACGAGGGCGAGCCAGGUCACAAGCGCCUGCGCCGAUCUUCGUUCUGCGACGCGGCUCCGUCGGCGGCCAAGUGGUGGCUGCCUAUUGCGGGGAGAACCUCUGCAACGCAGGCCGACCGCGACAGCGUGCCCGAGCUGCGACAGAGUGCUCGCGCUGCCGCCGCCCCCAGCUCGCAGAGGCAGAUGCGCAAUGCCUUCCAGAUGCUGGCGUCUGACUACGGUGCCGAAACGCAAGCUGACACUGCAAUAUCGGACUUCGAUGUCUCUGACACGCAGCCUGCCACGCAGAGGUAG